AUCAACGUUCUUGCCACCCUUAUCAUCUGCAGAAUACCGAAUCUUUGACGAAAAGAUGAAUAUUGAGACAUUGCCCUAUAUGAUCGAUAAAUUAUCAAUUAAUGAAAAUAUAAAACAAAAAGUCACCAGUAAAUUAAAUCAAGAUUUCACAGUUCAAGAAAAAAUGGAAUACGAUUUUAAACCAAAAAAAGCUUCUUUUUAUGAUAUCGAUAAUGUGUCAUCCAAGGAACUGCAAGCUUCUUUAUGUAGAAUUAAAGAAAAUCCACGAGAACCAUUUUCAUUUUUAACAAAUAUCUCUGAUGAAUACAUGAACGAUAAACGAUUACCAACAAAGCCUACGGAAAUCGAUAUGCAAUUGGCUGCUGUAGUAAAACGGAUCGAGUCGAGUAAAAUUUUAUUGGAGGAAGCUAAAUCUUACGUUGAAGAUAUAUAUCUUCGCGCUAAACAAAAUGAUAUUCGUCAAUUAUGGAAAGUGUAUGAUGGUAAAGAAUAAUAUAUACUUCUUUUAUCAAUAAUUCACAAAUCGAUACAACGAUAU